AAGCGGAGGGAAGCGGAGGUGGGCGGGGGAGCGGGCAACACCGACCUGAACAGAUUCCGCCUCCCCCUCCGCCCCCGGGAAGCCCGAGUGGGGAGGCGCGGACCGUCUCCUCCCGCACGGCCAGGACGACACUCCCCCCCCUUUUCUGCCAACGUCUAUCUCAACGCGCGCGCACAUACGGAGAGUGUGCAGCUUUUUUACCCCUCGGGAGAAAAAAACGGGGAGUGUAAAAGAAGACAGGGCAAAGCGAAGAACUCCUCCUCGGUGUGCUCUACACUCCGUGCCGCGGUUGAGCGCGGGGACGCCGCUGCCACCCGCCCGCUCUCUCCCGGCCCUGCAGCGUGUGCCAGUGUGAGCGCGAGCUAGGGCAUCCGCUCUCGGGGACGCCGGGAGACUUUUAGGUGCUCAAGCAGACCUCUCCACCGCCGCGGCAGGCAGAAGAGACAGGGACGAGAAGGGCCCGGCCUCCGCCUCGCCUUCCUCGGCCGGCGCCCCGCGCCCGGCCGGCCCGCGCAGGCAGGCAGAGGGAGGCGGCGAGGAGGCGGGCAGAGCAGAGGCCCCGGAGAAGCUCGCAGCGGUCGGCCCUACCGCUGCCCGCCCGUGGAUGCGGCGCCCCGGGAGCCUGGAGACAACUUUGUCGUGUGACGCGCCGAGAGGACUGCAGGGCCCGCGGCCGAGGGCUCAGCGCCGCCUGUGAGCUGGCCCGCGCGGCCGGCGCUCCCCAACACCGCGCUCGCUCCGCGCCGCCGCCCGCCGGCCCGCGGCGGGGACGACCUGCCCGUCGCCGGCGGCGGCGGCUCUUUCUCCGAGCCAGGCAGCGAGGGCGAGGCGCUCAGGUGCGAGCGUGGGGCCCCGCCGCAGCGCCCGCCGCAGCGCCGCGCCAAGCCGCGCCCGGCUCCGCUCCGGGGGCUCGGGCACCUUCUUCUCGGUCUCAACCAAGUUGCGUCGACCGGCUCCUUCGCCACCUUCCCAUCCCCGCGACUGAGUCGCCGCUGCUGCUGCUUUCGCUUCACCCAAGCGGGGGCUGCGGGGCCCCGACGCGAAGAGGAUGGACAGAAGGCUGCAGAUGCUGAGGCUCCCCGAGACGCCCGUGCGGCAGUGACCCGCCCGCGUCCGGCGCGCCCCUCCGGCCCCAGCGGCCCUCCGCGCCCCUUCUCCGCCGCGCGGGAACCCCCGCGGCCCGGCCGGCCCCCUCCCCCUGCGAGCCGGCUGCGGCCCUCCCGGCAGGCGGGCGGGCGGAGGCCCGGGCGGGCGCGGGCUCGGGCGGGGGCGGGGCGGGGCGGUGCGCCCGGAGCCCGGAGCCCGGAGCCCGGCCCUGCGCUCGGCUCGCCUCGCGGCGGGCGCCCUCGUCGCCAGCGGCGCACCAUGGACGGGUUGCCCGGUCGGGCGUUGGGGGCCGCCUGCCUUCUGCUCCUGGUGGCGGGCUGGCUGGGGCCCGAGGCCUGGGGCUCCCCCACGCCCCCGCCGUCGCCCGCUGCGCCGCCGCCGCCCCCGCCGCCCGGAGCUCCAGGCGCCUCGCAGGACACCUGUACGUCGUGCGGCGGCUUCCGGCGGCCUGAAGAGCUGGGCCGGGUGGACGGCGACUUCCUGGAGGCGGUGAAGCGGCACAUCUUGAACCGCCUGCAGUUGCGGGGCCGACCCAACAUCACGCACGCCGUGCCUAAGGCCGCCAUGGUCACGGCCCUGCGCAAGCUGCACGCUGGCAAGGUGCGCGAGGACGGCCGCGUGGAGAUCCCACACCUCGACGGCCAUGCUAGCCCCGGCGUCGACGGCCAGGAGCGCGUCUCCGAAAUCAUCAGCUUUGCGGAGACAGAUGGCCUCGCCUCCUCCCGGGUUCGCUUGUACUUUUUCGUUUCCAACGAAGGCAACCAGAACCUGUUUGUGGUGCAGGCCAGCCUGUGGCUUUACCUGAAACUUCUGCCCUAUGUGCUGGAGAAGGGUAGUCGGCGGAAGGUGCGGGUCAAGGUGUACUUCCAGGAGCAGGGCCAUGGCGACAGGUGGAAUGUGGUGGAGAAGAAGGUGGACCUCAAGCGUAGUGGCUGGCAUACCUUUCCGCUCACAGAGGCCCUCCAGGCCUUGUUCGAGCGGGGUGAACGUCGACUUAACCUGGAUGUGCAGUGCGAUAGCUGCCAGGAGCUGGCCGUGGUGCCGGUGUUCGUGGACCCCGGUGAGGAGUCACACCGGCCCUUUGUGGUGGUGCAGGCUCGGCUGGGCGACAACAGGCAUCGCAUCCGGAAGCGGGGCCUGGAGUGUGAUGGCCGGACCAACCUCUGUUGCAGGCAACAGUUCUUCAUCGACUUCCGGCUCAUCGGCUGGAAUGACUGGAUCAUUGCGCCCACUGGCUACUACGGGAACUACUGCGAGGGCAGCUGCCCGGCUUACCUGGCCGGGGUCCCCGGCUCCGCCUCCUCCUUCCACACUGCUGUGGUGAACCAGUACCGCAUGCGGGGCCUGAACCCCGGCCCCGUGAACUCCUGCUGCAUCCCCACCAAGCUGAGCUCCAUGUCCAUGCUCUACUUUGAUGACGAGUACAACAUCGUCAAGCGGGACGUGCCCAACAUGAUAGUAGAGGAGUGUGGCUGCGCCUGAUGGCAGAGGGCAGGGGCGCAGCGGCAGUGGGGUGUGGACGACAGUCCCCAGUGGGCUUCUUCCAGCCCCUGCGGGGACAGGAGGUGCCUGGUGGGCUGAGCACGGUCGUUCCGUUGGGCUGCAGAGAGAGUGCCAGGGUGAAGCCUGAAAGAAUUUCCUACUACUUCAUAGAGCAACCAGUCAAAACCAGAGGGAGAGCCCUCAGCUGACAUGAGAGACUUUCAAAUGCACACGUAGACACGCACAGCCAGACGCAUCCUGCCACCCACACAGCAGCCUCCAGGAUACCAGCAAAUGGAUGCGGUGACAAAUGGCAGCUUAGCUACCAAUGCCUGUCAGUUGAAGAGAAUGGGGUGAGCAGCCACCAUUCCCACCAGCUGGCCGGGCCACUCUGAAUCGCGCCUUCUGAGCACACAUAAAAGCACAAAGACAGAGACAGGGAGAGAGAGAGAGAAAGAGAGAGAGAGAGAAAGAGAGUGCCAUGGAGAAGGAAAGCAGGGUGGAGAGUGUGCAGGCAGGCCGCAUGUCCCCCUGGGCCAUGCCAGGCCUGCUCUGCCACUGCAGCUCCUGGCGCAGACGUGUCCACUUCUCCCCACCUGGCAUUCUCCAUGCUGCGAGACCAGGGAACUGUCCUUCCACACCCUUGUAGAGGGAAGGAGGCCCAGGAAGGACACCAACUGUCAGAGACUGGAGCAGGGGCAGUGACCGUUCUACUCUUCGUCACUCGGGUCCCUGACAUGACUUAUGUGUGUGUGUGUGUUUGUGGGGUGGGGCGGGUGGGAGAGGAGAGGGGUCUUAAUUUGAUGCUUUAACUGAUCUCCAACAGUUGACAGGUCAUUUGUGCCAGUUGUAGAACUGAAAAGACUUUCCUAUCAGGUAUGACCUUUUACGUGAAAAAUCGAAUUGUUCAAAAUGAGAAGAAGAAAAGUUGCAAUCGGUGCCCUUCCCUGGGGACAUUCCUCUGGGACUGGUUGGGGGAGGGUGGGAAUGACCACUAGGCAAGGGGGUGAGCCCAGAGGAGGCAAUGGGGAGUGGAGGCAUUCUGGAAAUGCUGGUUGGGGGGGCUCCCUCAGCACAGGGUGGGGGAAGGGAGCCGCUCCGCUGGCCUUGGAGAGAUGGGGAAGGCUUUCACUGCUUUGCAGAAGUUGCCUGUGUGGGUGGGCCCUGGCCACCGGGGCAGCCAUGGACAUGGCACCUGCCCACUCACCCGCCUGCCCCGCAUAGCACUUGCCAACCUGCCUGAACGCACAUGAUAUAGCACUUGCCGAUCUGCGCGUGUCCAGAAGUGGCCCUGGGAAGAGCGCUGAAGUCGCUCUCCUUCUAGAUGUCCAAGUGCCACGCGAACUAUGCAAUUUAAAGGGUCGACCCACACUAGAUGAAACUGGACUCGUAUGACUCUUUUUAUAUUUUUUUAUACUUGAAAUGAAAUCCUUUGCUUCUUUUUUAAGCGAAUGAUUGCUUUUAAUGUUUGCACUGAUUUAGUUGCAUGGUUAGUCAGAAACUGCCAUUUGAAAAAAGAAGUUAUUUUUAUAGCAGCAAAAAAAAUGAAUACAGUUAAAUGUAUUAUACAUAAUUUUGGAACCAAAGAGGCCAACAGAUCAGUUUUAAUUUUUAUUAGAAUGGUGAGGCCAUCUUCUAUGAGGUGGACGUUCUGAACAAUCCCUUGAGUGGCCUGCCAAUGUUUCAGGGUAUAAAUGGAUUUUGUUUAUUCAGUUCAAUGUGUCUUUUCUAUCCUUACACACCCAGAAGGUAGAGUAAAAAUGACUGGUAGAAUGCAGGUGUGUACCCUUAAAUCCUCAUCUUUAUGUUUAUUUAAUAAAGCUCCCCUUAGGUUCUGUUUCAUAAUAAUUUAAAACCAAACAAUUUCCCCAUAGACUGGCUGUUAAAAUAUUUUACGUUUGUGUACAGUUUAAGAAAAUAAACGAUUGAGUGCCACGGGC